AGUUAUAUGUACUUAUUUCUUUGUAGGCCUCGAAGUAGAGGAAAAACUGCAGUGGAAGAUGAGGACAGCAUGGAUGGGCUGGAGACAACAGAAACAGAAAAUACUGUGGAAACAGAAAUCAAAGAACAGUCAGCAGAAGAGGAUGCUGAAGCAGAAGUGGACAACAGCAAGCAGCCAGUCCCGGCCCUUCAGCGCUCCGUGUCUGAGGAAUCUUCAAGCUCCCUGGUCUCUGUCGGUGUAGAAGCCAAAAUCAGUGAACAGCUCUGCGCUUUUUGUUACUGUGGUGAAAAAAGCUCCUUAGGACAAGGAGACUUAAAACAGUUUAGAGUAACGCCUGGAUUCAUUUUGCCGUGGAAAAACCAGACUUCUAACAAGAAGGAUGUUGAUGACAACAGCAAUGGAACUUGUGAGAAAACACAAAACUCAGCACCACGAAAACAAAGAGGACAGAGAAAGGAACGCUCUCCUCAGCAGAAUAUAGUAUCUUGUGUAAGUGUAAGCACGCAGACUGCUUCAGACGAUCAGGCUGGUAAAUUAUGGGAUGAACUCAGUCUGGUUGGCCUUCCAGAUGCCAUUGAUGUCCAAGCCUUAUUUGAUCCUACAGGCACUUGUUGGGCUCAUCACCGUUGUGUGGAGUGGUCACUGGGGGUGUGCCAGAUGGAAGAACCGUUACUGGUGAACGUGGACAGAGCUGUUGUCUCAGGGAGCACAGAACGAUGUGCAUUUUGUAAGCACCUUGGAGCCACUAUCAAAUGCUGUGAAGAGAAGUGUACCCAGACAUACCAUUACCCUUGUGCUGCUGGAGCCGGCACCUUCCAGGAUUUCAGCCACUUCUUCCUUCUUUGUCCAGAACACAUUGACCAAGCUCCUGAAAGAUCAAAGGAAGAUGCAAACUGUGCAGUGUGCGACAGCCCGGGAGACCUCUUAGAUCAGUUCUUUUGUACUACUUGUGGUCAGCACUAUCAUGGAAUGUGCCUGGAUAUAGCGGUUACUCCAUUAAAACGUGCAGGUUGGCAAUGUCCUGAGUGCAAAGUGUGCCAGAACUGCAAACAAUCGGGAGAAGAUAGCAAGAUGCUAGUGUGUGAUACGUGUGACAAAGGGUAUCAUACUUUUUGUCUUCAACCAGUUAUGAAAUCAGUACCAACCAAUGGCUGGAAAUGCAAAAAUUGCAGAAUAUGUGUAGAGUGUGGCACACGAUCUAGUUCUCAGUGGCACCACAAUUGCCUGGUAUGUGACAGUUGUUACCAACAGCAGGAUAACUUAUGUCCUUUCUGUGGGAAGUGCUACCACCCAGAACUGCAGAAAGACAUGCUUCAUUGUAAUAUGUGCAAAAGAUGGGUUCACUUAGAAUGUGACAAACCAACAGAUCAUGAACUGGAUUCUCAGCUCAAAGAAGAGUACAUCUGUCUGUAUUGUAAACACUUAGCUGAGCUGGAGCCUGGUGAUGAGGUGGAGAUGGCUGAACUCGCUGCAGAUUAUAACAAUGAAAUGGAAGUUGAAGGCUCUGAAGACCACAUGGUAUUUCUGGAACAAGCAGUUGAUAAAGAGGUCAAUGGUCAGGAGUCCAUACCUGGAAUUGUUCCAGAGGUUCCCGUCCAUACUGGAGAGCAGCAGAAGGGAGACGCCCCAGAGAGCCUCAACACGCAUGCUCCUCUCGUUUCCGAAUCGUCCCAAGAUAAAAUGAAUCCUGAAUUGGAAAAUCAGAUUUCUCAUGAAAUGGGUAGUGAAAAAAUGGAAAUGUCUUCUAAAGUAAUGCAUAUUUGUAGUGAAGAUCAAAAUGAAAACAAAAUGGAAGUGACAGAGACCGUUGAAGUCCUUGUUCCCCGGGUGACUGUGCAGCGGGAGGAGCUACAGUUGCUAGCUCACCCUAAGGUAGAGGCUUCCACAGAAGAAUCAAGGCCUCCAACAGUAAUCGCUGAACCUGUCACUGUUCCACCAGAAACCUUAGUGUCCCCGUGUCGGGAAAGUACUUCUUUCUGUUCUAAGGAACCGUUGGCUACAGAGAGGGUACGAGAAGAAAUGGAACAGAAAGAAAAUUCUGAACCUUCUAAUGCACUUAUGGACUUUGAAAUGACUCCUGCAUCUGAAAGUUCUGUGAAAGAUGGUUUAUGCCAAGAAGACAAAUCUAUAAAAUUACCAUCUGAGACAGAGUCAUCAUUUUCAUCAGCAGCGGACAUAAGCAAAGCAAAUGUGUCUUCCUCCCCACCCCUUUCUUCAGACUUGCCUUCCCACGACAUGCUGCAUAGUUACCCUUCAGCUCUCAAUGCUUCUGUUGGAAACAUCAUGCCAACAACUUACAUUUCAGUCACUCCAAAAAUUGGCAUGGGUAAACCAGCUAUUACCAAAAGAAAAUUUUCUCCUGGUAGACCUCGGUCCAAACAGGGGGCUUGGAGUACACAUAAUACAGUGAGCCCACCUUCCUGGUCCCCAGACAUUUCAGAAGGUCGGGAAAUUUUUAAACCCAGGCAGCUUCCUGGCAGUGCCAUUUGGAGCAUCAAAGUGGGCCGUGGGUCAGGAUUCCCAGGAAAGCGGCGACCUCGUGGUGCGGGACUGUCAGGACGAGGUGGCAGAGGCAGAUCAAAAUUGAAGAGUGGAAUUGGGGCAGUUGUGUUACCUGGGGUGUCUGCUGCAGAUAUUUCAUCAAAUAAGGAUGAAGAAGAAAACUCGAUGCACAAUACAGUUGUGCUGUUUUCCAGUAGUGACAAGUUCACUCUGCAUCAGGAUAUGUGUGUAGUCUGUGGCAGUUUCGGCCAAGGAGCAGAGGGGAGAUUACUUGCCUGUUCUCAGUGUGGUCAGUGUUACCAUCCAUACUGUGUCAGUAUUAAGAUCACUAAGGUGGUUUUGAGCAAAGGUUGGAGGUGUCUUGAGUGCACUGUGUGUGAGGCCUGUGGGAAGGCAACUGACCCAGGAAGACUCCUGCUGUGUGAUGAUUGUGACAUAAGUUACCACACCUACUGCCUAGACCCUCCAUUGCAGACAGUCCCCAAAGGAGGCUGGAAGUGCAAAUGGUGUGUGUGGUGCAGACACUGUGGAGCAACGUCUGCAGGUCUCAGAUGUGAAUGGCAAAACAAUUACACACAGUGUGCUCCCUGCGCAAGCUUGUCUUCCUGCCCGGUCUGCUGUCGAAACUACAGAGAAGAAGAUCUGAUUCUACAGUGUAGACAGUGUGAUAGAUGGAUGCAUGCAGUUUGUCAAAACUUAAAUACUGAAGAGGAAGUGGAAAGUGUGGCAGAUAUUGGUUUUGACUGUAGCAUGUGCAGACCCUAUAUGCCUACGUCAAAUGUGCCUUCCUCAGACUGCUGUGAAUCUUCACUUGUAGCACAAAUUGUCACAAAAGUGAAAGAACUAGAUCCACCCAAGACCUACACCCAGGAUGGUGUGUGUUUGACCGAAUCAGGGAUGACUCAGUUACAGAGCCUCACAGUGACAGUUCCAAGAAGAAAACGGUCAAAACCAAAGCUGAAAUUGAAGAUCAUAAAUCAGAACAGCGUGGCUGUCCUUCAGACCCCUCCAGAUAUCCAGUCAGAGCAUUCAAGGGAUGGUGAAAUGGAUGACAGUCGAGAAGGGGAACUUAUGGAUUGUGAUGGAAAAUCAGAAUCCAGUCCUGAACGGGAAGCUGUGGAUGAUGAAACCAAGGGAGCAGAAGGAACAGAGGGUGUCAAAAAGAGAAAAAGGAAACCAUACAGACCAGGUAUUGGUGGAUUUAUGGUGCGGCAAAGAAGUCGAACUGGACAAGGGAAAACCAAAAGAUCUGUGAUCAGAAAGGAUUCCUCAGGCUCCGUUUCUGAGCAGUUAACUAGCAGAGAUGAUGGCUGGAGUGAGCAGCUGCCAGACACGCUAGUUGAUGAAUCUGUUUCUGUUACUGAAAACACUGAAAAAAUAAAGAAGAGAUACCGAAAAAGGAAAAAUAAACUUGAAGAAAUUUUCCCUGCCUAUUUACAAGAAGCUUUCUUUGGAAAAGAUCUUCUAGAUACAAGUAGACAAAACAAGCUAAGCUUAGAUAAUCUAUCAGAAGAUACAGCUCAACUUUCAUAUAAAACAAACAUGAACACAAAUUUCUUGGAUGCUUCCUUAGAUCCACUACUUAGUUCAUCCUCAACUCCAGCAAAACCUGGAACUCACGGUACUGCUGAUGACCCCUUAGCUGAUAUUUCUGAAGUCUUAAACACAGAUGAGGACAUUCUUGGAAUAAUUUCAGAUGACCUUGCAAAAUCAGUUGAUCAUUCAGCUGGAAUGGAUAUCGGUCCUGUCGCUGAUGAUCCUUCCUCGUUGCCCCAGCCGAGUGUCACUCAGAGUUCCCGACCGUUGAGUGAGGAGCAGCUAGAUGGAAUCCUCAGUCCUGAACUAGACAAAAUGGUCACAGAUGGAGCAAUUCUUGGAAAGUUAUAUAAAAUUCCAGAGCUUGGAGGAAAGGAUGUUGAGGACUUGUUUACCGCUGUGCUUAGUCCUGCAACCACGCAGCCAGCCCCAUUACCACAGCCACCGCCUCCCCCUGCACCGCAGCUGCUGCCCUUACACAGCCAGGAUGUUUUUUCUCGGAUGCCACUCAUGAAUGGCCUUAUUGGACCCAGUCCUCAUCUCCCUCAUAAUUCUUUGCCUCCUGGAAGUGGAUUGGGAGCUUUCUCUGCCAUAGCACAGUCCCCCUACACUGAUGCCAGGGAUAAAAACCCAGCAUUUAAUCCAAUGGCAAGUGACCCUACCAGCUCUUGGACCUCAUCGGCUCCCACCGUGGAGGGAGAAAGCGAUACAAUGUCAAACGCCCAGCGAAGUACACUCAAGUGGGAGAAGGAGGAGGCCCUGGGUGAGAUGGCGACAGUGGCUCCGGUUCUCUACACAAAUGUCAAUUUCCCCAACCUCAAGGAGGAAUUCCCUGGUGAGUCAUGGACACGCACUGCUUUCCAUGUCACCAGCUUCCUGCUUGUGGAGGUAAUUUUCUUUUCCUUUUUUUUUUUAAAGCAAAAAGCCAGAGAUAACAGAGCUGCCUUACGCAUUAACAAAGUACAGAUGUCAAAUGAUUCCAUGAAAAGGCAGCAGCAGCAAGACAGCAUCGAUCCCAGCUCUCGCAUCGAUUCCGAUCUUUUUAAAGAUCCACUGAAACAAAGAGAAUCAGAACAUGAACAGGAGUGGAAAUUUAGACAGCAAAUGCGCCAGAAAAGUAAGCAACAAGCUAAAAUUGAAGCCACCCAGAAGCUGGAACAGGUGAAGAGCGAGCAGCAGCAGCAGCAACAGCAGCAACAGCAGCAGCAGCAGCUGGGCCCUCCGCCACUCCUGGGACAGUGUGGCUCAGACACCCCGAGCAGCGGCGUGCAGAGCCCCGCAACCCCCCAGCCUGGCAACGGAAAUAUGUCUCCUGCACAGUCGUUCCACAAAGACCUGUUCACGAAGCAGAUGCCCAGCACCCCUACUCCUGUGUCCUCCGACGAUGUGUUUGUAAAGCCGCAGGCUCCACCUCCUCCUCCAGCCUCCUCUCGGCUCUCCGUGCAGGAGAGUCUGUCGCAGUCUCAGGCUUCUCAGCCGCCUUCCCCGCAGGUGUUUUCACCUGGUUCUUCUAGCUCCCGACCGCCAUCUCCAGUGGAUCCUUACGCAAAAAUGGUUGGUACCCCGAGGCCACCUCCUGGGGGCCAUGGUUUCUCCAGAAGAAAUUCUGCUGCCCUGGUGGAAAACUGCGCCCCCUUGUCAUCGGUGUCUCGGCCCGCUCCGAUGAGUGGGACAGCAGCAAACCGGCUGCCCCCGGUCACAGAUUCGUGUUCUUCCUCCACAGCAGGCAGUGACCCCUAUGCAAAGCCUCCGGACACACCUAGGCCUGUGAUGGCAGAUCCAUUUCCCAAACCCUUGGGCCUACCCCGGUCUCCUAUAGUUUCUGAACAAACUGCAAAAGGUCCUCUAACAGCUGGAACCAAUGACCACUUUCCUAAACCAUCUCUUAGGACAGAUGCAUUUCAAAGACAGCGGAUACCUGACCCAUAUGUGCGGCCCUUGUUGACACCUGCACCUCUUGAUGGUGGUCCUGGACCUUUUAAGACUCCACUGCAGCCUCCUCCAUCCUCUCAGGAUCCUUAUGGGCCAGUGUCACAGGCACCGAGGCGAUUGUCUGUUGACCCUUAUGAAAGGCCUGCUUUGACACCAAGACCUAUAGAUAACUUUCCUCAUAACCAGUCAAGUGACCCAUAUAGCCAGCCUCCCCUCACUCCACAUCCGGCAAUGAAUGAAUCUUUUGCCCAUCCUUCAAGGGCUUUUUCCCAGCCUGGAACCAUAUCGAGGCCGACAUCUCAGGAUCCAUAUUCCCAACCUCCAGGAACUCCACGACCUGUUGUGGAUUCUUAUUCCCAACCCUUAGGAACAUCUCGCUCUAAUCCAGACCCUUAUUCUCAGCCUCCUGGAACGCCCCGGCCCACCACGAUUGAUCCAUACAGUCAGCAGCCACCCACCCCAAGGCCGUCGACGCAGGCAGACUUGUUCGUUACAUCUGCCCCUAAUCAGAGGCAUUCUGAUCCAUAUGCGCAUCCUCCUGGAACACCAAGACCUGGAAUUUCUGGAGUUCCUUACUCUCAGCCACCAGCAACGCCCAGGCCAAGGAUUUCGGAGGGUUUUACUAGGUCCUCAGUGGCAAGACCAGUCCUCAUGCCAGGUCAGGAUCCUUUCCUGCAGGCAGCACAAAAUCGAGGGGUGGCGUUGCCUGGCCCUCUCAUAAGGCCACCUGAUGCGUGUUCCCAAACACCAAGGCCACCAGGACCUGGUCUUUCAGACUCAUUUAGCCGUGUUUCCCCAUCUGCAACUCGUGAUCCCUACGAUCAGCCUCCAGUGACUCCAAGGUCUCAGAAUGACUCUUUUGGAACAAGUCAAGUUACUCACGAUGCUGCUGAUCAGCCGAGGCCUGGGUCAGAGGGGAACUUCAGUGCACCUCCCAGCUCUCCAGUAAAUUCCCAAGGCCAGCAGUUUUCUGGUGUCUCCCAACUUCCUGGACCUGUCCCAACCUCAGGAGUCACAGAUACACAGAAUUCUGUAAAUAUGUCUCAAGCAGAUACAGAGAAAUUGAGACAGCGACAGAAGUUACGUGAAAUCAUCCUCCAGCAGCAGCAGCAGAAGAAGAUGACAAGUCGACAGGAGAAAGGAUCCCAGGAUCCAGGAGCAGGGCCUCAUCCAGGUCCCCUGCAGCACUGGCAGCCGGAGAGCAUCGGCCAGGCAUUCACUCGGCCUCCACCCCCCUACCCUGGGAACAUCAGGUCACCCAUUGUCCCUCCUCUAGGACCUAGAUAUGCUGUUUUCCCAAAAGACCCCCGUGGACCCUAUCCUGAUGUUACUGGCAUGGGGAUGAGGCCUCAUGGAUUUAGAUUUGGAUUUCCAGGUAUAACCACGCAGUCUUCUGAUGGUCUCGAAGAGAAGCUCGAUUCUGAUGACCCAUCUGUAAAAGAACUGGAUGUUAAGGACCUCGAGGGGGUUGAAGUCAAAGACUUGGAUGAUGAAGAUCUUGAAAACUUAAAUCUGGAUACAGAAGAUGGCAAGGGAGAUGAACUGGAUACUUUAGAUAAUUUGGAAACCAAUGAUCCCAACCUGGAUGACCUCUUAAGGUCAGGAGAAUUUGAUAUCAUUGCAUAUACAGAUCCAGAACUUGACCUAGGAGAUAAGAAAAGCAUGUUUAAUGAGGAACUAGACCUUAAUGUUCCAAUUGAUGAUAAAUUAGAUAAUCAGUGUGUGUCUGUUGAACCCCCCAAAAAGGAGCAAGAAGACAAAACUGUGGUUCCUUCUGAUAAACCUCCUUGGAAAAAAUCCACAGUCACCAGUGAGAUAAAAACAGAAGUAUUGUCUCCAGAUUCUAAAGGGGAAACCAAAUGUGAAAGUGAGAAAAGUGAUGAGGGUAAAGAUAAUGCUGACACUCCCUGCUCACAGGCCUCUGCACAUGCAGAGGUGAAUGGUGGGGAGAAGGCUUCUCUGCAGUCCUGUGAUACGGAUACACUUGAGAAAAGAACUAAUCGGGAAACAGCUGGCUCCAGCACAAGUGUUCGUGGAUCCACUCAGCUGCCCGCUGAAGACGUAAUAAACUCUUGUGGUGUAACUGGAUCCACUCCAGUCCUCUCAAGUUUACUUACUAAUGAAAAAUCUGACAGUUCAGACAUUAGACCAUUGGGGUCUCCACCGCCAACUUUGCCGGCCUCACCAUCCAAUCAUGUGUCAAGUUUGCCUCCCACUCUGAUGACACCGCCUGGUCACGUUCUGGAUAAUACUGUGAAUUCUAAUGUGGCCGUAGUUUCCAGAUUAAACCAUACAUUCCCUCAGGGUGUGCAGGUCAAUCCAGGAUUCAUUCAGGGUCAGUCAACAGCCAAUCACAGUUUUGGGACAGGAAAACCUGCAAAUCAAACUGUGCCUCUGACAAGUCAGUCUAGUACCAGUGGCAUGUCUGGGCCCCAGCAGCUAAUGAUGCCUCAGACAUUAACCCAGCAGAACAGAGAGAGGCCCCUCCUUCUGGAAGAGCAGCCUCUGCUUCUGCAGGACCUUUUGGAUCAAGAGAGGCAAGAACAGCAACAGCAAAGGCAGAUGCAAGCCAUGAUCCGUCAGCGGUCAGAACCGUUCUUCCCUAAUAUCGAUUUUGAUGCAAUUACAGAUCCUAUAAUGAAAGCCAAAAUGGUGGCCCUUAAAGGCAUAAAUAAAGUAAUGGCACAAAACAAUAUGGGCAUGCCACCAAUGGUUAUGAACAGGUUUCCCUUCAUGGGCCCUUCGGUGACGGGAGCACAAACUGGCGAAGGCCACAGUCUCCUGCCACAGGCCGUUGCUCAGGAUGGCAGUAUAACACAUCAGAUUUCUAGGCCUAAUCCUCCAAAUUUUGGUCCAGGCUUCGUCAAUGAUUCACAGCGUAAGCAGUAUGAAGAAUGGCUUCAGGAGACCCAACAGCUUCUUCAGAUGCAGCAGAAAUACCUUGAAGAGCAAAUUGGUGCACACAGGAAGUCCAAGAAGGCCCUUUCAGCUAAGCAGCGUACUGCCAAGAAAGCUGGGCGUGAAUUUCCGGAAGAGGAUGCUGAGCAACUCAAGCAUGUUACUGAACAGCAAAGCAUGGUUCAGAAACAGCUAGAACAGAUUCGUAAACAGCAGAAGGAGCAUGCCGAGCUGAUUGAAGAUUAUCGGAUCAAGCAGCAGCAGCAGCAGCAGCAGUGUGCAAUGGCCCCACCAACUGUAAUGCCAGGGGUCCAGCCCCAGCCACCCCUGGUCCCAGGUGCCCCCCCACCCGCCUUGAGCCAGCCCGGCUUCCCCAUGGUGCCUGCGCAGCUGCAGCACCAGCAGCAUGCAGCCGUCAUCGGCCACAGCAGCCCGGCCAGAAUGCCCAGCUUGCCUGGGUGGCAGCCCGCCAGUGCCCCUUCUCACCUGCCCCUCAAUCCUCCCAGGGUCCAGCCUCCUGUUGCCCAGUUGCCAAUAAAAACUUGCACCCCAGCCCCAGGGGCAGUGUCGAAUGCAAAUCCACAGAGUGGACCACCACCACGGGUGGAGUUUGAUGACAAUAAUCCCUUCAGUGAAAGUUUCCAAGAACGAGAACGAAAGGAGCGCCUACGAGAGCAGCAGGAGAGACAGCGCAUCCAGCUCAUGCAGGAGGUGGACAGACAGAGGGCUCUGCAGCAGAGGAUGGAAGUGGAGCAGCACGGCGUGAUGGGCUCGGAGCUGGGCGGUAGGACCUCCGUGUCCCAGGUUCCCUUCUACAGCUCUGACCUGCCUUGUGAUUUCAUGCAGCCCCCAAGGCCCCUUCAGCAGUCGCCACAACACCAACAGCAAAUGGGGCAGGUUUUACAGCCCCAGACUAUGCAGCAAGGAUCCAUUAAUUCACCCCCCACCCAGAGUUUCAUGCAAACCAACGAGCGAAGGCAGAUAGGACCUCCCCCGUUUGUUCCUGACACACCGUCAGUUCCUGGUGGAAGCCCAAAUUUCCAUUCUGUUAAGCAGGUGCAUGGAGGUCUUCCUGGGGCUGGCUUCCAGCCGUCCCCAGUGAGGCCUCCUUUUACGCCUGCUUUACCUGCAGCACCUCCAGUGGCUAACAGCAGUCUCCCGUGUGGCCAGGACCCUGCUGUAACCCAUGGGCAAAGUUACCCGGGAUCAGCCCAGUCUCUCAUUCAGUUAUAUUCUGAUAUAAUCCCAGAAGAAAAGGGGAAAAAGAAAAGAACAAGAAAGAAGAAGAAAGAUGAUGACACAGAAUCUACCAAGGCACCUUCAACUCCGCAUUCAGAUAUAACUGCUCCACCAACCCCGAGUGCCUCCGAAACUACCUCCACCCCUACGGUGAACACGCCCGGCGAGCUUCCCCAGCUCGCAGAGCCUGAGGUGGUGGAGCCAGGCGGCCCGUCGGCUCCUGACCCGGCCGCUGGCCAGCUGUGUCCAGAACUGGAGAGCAAACUGCCCACUAGUGACUUCUCGCAAGGAACCCCAAGCCAGCAGACCUGUGCAAAUUCAGAGGUGGAUAAGCUCUCCAUCGAAACCCCUGCCACGGUGGAAGAGGUAAAACUGGAGACGGCUGAGCCAGAGCAGCGCCCAGGCCAAGACGGGCCUGAGCUGGAGGAGCGCACGGAGGAUCAGGCCAAGGAAAAGGCUGCGGCCGGCCCUGCCUCCGCCGGGCAGAGUCCUUCCCGUCCUGCUGGGGCUCCUGCUGCCAAAGGAGAUUCGGGCAAUGAACUUCUGAAGCACCUGCUGAAAAACAAAAAGGCUUCUUCCCUUUUAAAUCAAAAACCAGAAGGUGGUUUUUGUUCAGAAGAGGACUGUACAAAGGACAACAAACUAGCAGAGCGGCAGAACCCAGCCGAAGUGCAAACUUUGGGGGCUCAAAUGCAAGGUGGUUUUGGAUGUGGCAACAACCAGUUGCCAAAAACAGAUGGAGGAAGUGAAACCAAGAAACAGCGAAGCAAACGAACUCAGAGGACUGGGGAGAAGACAGCACCUCGCUCAAAGAAAAGGAAAAAGGAAGAGGAGGAAAAACAAGCUUUGUACUCUACCGCCGACACCUUUACCCACCUGAAACAGCAGAAUAAUUUAAGUAAUCCUCCAACACCCCCUGCCUCUCUUCCUCCUACACCACCUCCUCUGGCCUGUCAGAAGAUGGCGAACGGCUUUGCAACAACUGAAGAGCUUGCUGGGAAAGCUGGCGUACUGGUGAGCCAUGAAGUUACCAGAAGUCUAGGACCUAAACCAUUUCAGCUGCCUUUCAGACCGCAAGACGACUUGUUAGCCAGAGCUAUUGCUCAGGGCCCCAAGACAGUGGAUGUUCCCGCCUCCCUCCCAACACCACCGCAUAAUAACCAGGAAGAGUUAAGGUUACAGGAGCAUGCCGCUGAUCGCGAUACUCCAGACAGUUUUGUGCCCUCGUCCUCUCCCGAGAGUGUGGUUGGGAUGGAAGUGAGCAGGUACCCAGACUUGUCGCUGGUCAAAGAGGAGCCUCCAGAGCCAGUGCCGUCCCCCGUCAUCCCCAUCCUCCCCAGCAGUGCCGGGAAAGGUUUGGACUCCAGAAGGAAUGACAUAAAAACUGAGCCAGGCACUUUAUUUUUCACGUCACCUUUCGGUUCAUCCCCAAACGGUCCCAGGUCGGGCCUGAUCUCUGUGGCAAUCACUCUGCAUCCUACAGCUGCUGAGAACAUCAGCAGUGUUGUGGCUGCCUUUUCCGACCUCCUUCACGUGCGAGUCCCUAACAGCUACGAGGUUAGUAAUGCACCAGAUGUUCCAGCCGUGGGUUUGGUCAGUAGCCACAGAGUAAACCCAGGUUUGGAGUAUCGACAGCGUUUAUUUCUUCGUGGGCCUCCACCAGGACCUGCAAACCCGCCCAGAUUAGCAAGCUCCUACCACCUGAAGCAGCCUAACGUGCCGUUCCCUCCAGCGAGCAACGGUCUUUCUGGAUAUAAGGAUUCCAGUCGUGGUAUCACGGAGAGCGCGGCUCUCAGACCGCAGUGGUGCUGUCACUGCAAAGUGGUCAUUCUGGGAAGCGGGGUGCGGAAGUCGGUCAGAGACCUGGCCUUCGUGAACAAGGAUUCCCGAGAAAGCUCCAGUCGAGUGGAGAAGGAUAUUGUCUUCUGUAGUAAUAACUGCUUUAUUCUCUAUUCGUCAACUGCACAAGCAAAAAACUCAGAAAGCAAGGAAUCCAUUCCUUCGUUGCCACAGUCACCUGUGAAAGAGACGCCUUCCAAAGCGUUUCAUCAGUACAGUAACAACACCUCCACCUUAGACGUGCAUUGUCUCCCGCGGCUCCAAGAUCGAGCUUCGCCCCCUGCGUCACCUCCCAUCACUUUCCCUCCUGCUUUUGAAGCAGCCAAAGUAGAGGCAAAGCCAGAUGAGCUUAAGGUAACAGUGAAGUUAAAGCCUCGGCUCAGGGCUGUGCACGGCGGGUUCGACGACUGCAGGCCCGUCGCAAAGAAGUGGAGGGGGAUGAAGUGGAAGCGGUGGAGCAUCCACAUCGUGGUCCCCAAGGGGGCGUUCAAGCCCCCCUGUGAGGAUGAAAUCGAUGAAUUUCUGAAGAAACUGGGCACGUCUCUGAAACCCGACCCUGUGCCCAAAGACUAUCGGAAGUGUUGCUUCUGUCACGAGGAGGGUGAUGGCCUGACGGAUGGACCAGCCAGGCUGCUCAACCUGGACUUGGACCUGUGGGUGCACUUGAACUGCGCCCUGUGGUCCACGGAGGUCUACGAGACCCAGGCCGGGGCCUUAAUAAACGUGGAGCUGGCCCUGAGGAGAGGCCUGCAGAUGAAAUGCGUCUUCUGUCAUAAGACGGGUGCCACCAGCGGAUGCCACCGAUUUCGCUGUACCAACAUUUAUCACUUCACUUGCGCCAUUAAAGCACAAUGCAUGUUUUUUAAAGACAAAACCAUGCUUUGUCCCAUGCACAAACCAAAGGGAAUUCACGAGCAGGAACUGAGUUACUUCGCCGUCUUCAGGAGGGUCUACGUCCAGCGCGACGAGGUCCGGCAGAUCGCCAGUAUCGUGCAGCGCGGGGAGCGUGACCACACCUUCCGCGUGGGCAGUCUCAUCUUCCACGCCAUUGGCCAGCUGCUCCCGCAGCAGAUGCAGGCAUUCCAUUCCCCCAAAGCGCUCUUCCCCGUGGGCUACGAGGCCAGCCGGCUGUACUGGAGCACGCGCUAUGCCAACCGCCGCUGCCGCUACCUGUGCUCCAUCGAGGAGAAGGACGGGCGUCCGGUGUUCGUCAUCCGCAUCGUGGAGCAGGGCCACGAAGACCUAGUCCUGAGCGACAGCUCCCCGAAAGGUGUUUGGGAUAAAAUUUUGGAGCCUGUGGCAUGUGUGAGGAAAAAAUCUGAAAUGCUCCAGCUUUUCCCAGCCUACUUAAGAGGAGAAGAUCUGUUCGGCUUGACGGUGUCUGCGGUGGCACGGAUUGCCGAGUCCCUCCCCGGGGUGGAGGCAUGUGAGAACUACAGCUUCCGCUACGGCCGGAACCCUCUCAUGGAGCUGCCUCUUGCCGUCAACCCCACAGGUUGUGCCCGUUCUGAACCUAAAAUGAGUGCCCAUGUCAAGAGGUUUGUGUUAAGGCCUCACACCCUGAACAGCACCAGCACCUCCAAGUCGUUUCAGAGCACAGUCACCGGGGAGCUCAGUGCCCCGUACAGCAAGCAGUUUGUCCACUCCAAGUCAUCCCAGUACCGGAAGAUGAAGGCCGAGUGGAAGUCCAACGUGUACCUGGCCCGGUCUCGGAUUCAGACUGUGGAGCGCCUUGUAGAUACAGCCAUGUGCGGGCCAGGCGUUCAGCUCCACUCCUGCAGUCCGUGGCUUGUGAGCUGCAGAUCUGAACCAAACGGCUCUUCAGCUUCUCCCUCCCGGGUUCCAGGACAGGUUUACAGUUCUCACUUUGCCACACUCCUUCAGUCUCCCAGCCUGAUCAUCCUCCAGCACCUGGUUUUACUGAGUGAGGUCACGUCUGCUGGCUGUCGGCGUCAGCCUCGCUACGCCCAGACCCAGAGCAUCAGGUUCUGUUGCCCUUAUGCUCUGAGAAGCUCCCUCAAACCCGCUCUCAGCCCCGCCGCCCGGUUUCAAUCUCCCGUUCCCCCCGGGGUGGCAGUGCGGGCCCCUCCUUCCAGUCCGCCAGCUCUAGGGUGGCGGGUGCCGCCCGUGGACAGGAGCACAGAGCGGACUGACUUCCUUCUCUUUCAGAACCGAGGUGUGUACAUGUUCCGCAUGGACAACGACCACGUGAUCGACGCCACGCUCACGGGAGGGCCUGCGAGGUACAUCAACCAUUCGUGUGCACCGAACUGUGUGGCUGAAGUGGUGACCUUUGAGCGAGGACACAAGAUUAUCAUCAGCUCCAGUCGGAGGAUCCAGAAGGGAGAAGAGCUUUGCUAUGACUAUAAGUUUGACUUUGAGGACGACCAGCACAAGAUCCCCUGUCACUGCGGAGCCGUGAACUGCCGGAAGUGGAUGAACUGAGCACCCCUUGCUGUCGAGGGCGGCUCGUCCCUGGGAAGAAGCGAUUCAACACACCGUUUGAAUUUCGCAGACAGAAAGAUGUUUUUGUUUUCUGUUUUAUGACUUUUGAAAACUAGCUUCUGGGAGUUCUGAGUUCCUCAGUCCUUCAGGGUGAAGGAGCACAGGAGAAAGCCGAUGGAGGCAGCCUUCCUGAAGUUGCUGAGGUGAACCGGAAUUACAGAAUGGUC